UUUUGCGGCUCAAUCGUUGCUGGUCUGCUGGUUCAAAUAAUUGACUCGAAAAGUGGGAGCGCAGACACACAAUGGAGGAGAGAGCAAGACGGACGCCGCGCGCAGAGAUUUAUCCACUUUGCUGAGAUAGUGAGGAACCCGUCACGACACGCGUUGAGUCUUGAGACAGCGUCGUUUCCUCGUGAGUCGUUCUACAGGUGAAACCAAUUGCAUCCGAACUCCAACGGAACCGUGAGGUCGCCAUGCCUCCCACAACUCCAUAUGCCGGGAAAUUCAGCUCCUGCUCUGUCUACAACAACAACAACCACCACCCGCAGCCUCAGAGCCCGUACAACAGCAACACGGCGCCAAAACCCUCAAGAGAGCACAUCCACAACGGCGUCUACCCUGCAGCAGAGAAUCCCUACGAUGUGCCGCAGCCGCACCACGCAUAUCGCAGCUCCUCAGUCUCUUCCAUGACCUCAAAAGAGCAUCAUUACAGCAGUAGCUGUGUGGUUUCGGAGAACCCUUAUUCCCCACAGCGUCAGCCUCACAGCCCCCGCCAGCACAGCACGUCGUGCCCGGGGAGAGCCCACCGCCACUCCAGCAACGGGGAGCAUUCCUGCCGUAACAACGUGGCCUCUGUGAAGAGCCGACUUUACGGACAGGGCAUCACUGCCAGCUACGGGGAGAUGUGUUACCAUGACAACAGCUUGGUUUCAGCAUCUCUGGAGGCGUUGAUUCAGCACCUGGUUCCAACGGUGGACUACUACCCUGAUAGGUCAUACGUGUUCACCUUCCUGCUGAGCUCACGCCUCUUUCUUCACCCGUACGAGCUCAUGACCCGCGUAUGUCACCUGUGUGUGGAGCAGCAGCGGUCUGGAGAUGCCCUUCUGGACAAGAUACGCUUCCGUGAGGUGGCACCCAAACUGGUCCAGCUGCUGACUGAGUGGACAGAGACGUUUCCGUACGACUUCCGGGAUGAGAGGAUGAUGCGCUGCCUGAAGGACAUGACGCAACAUGUGUCCCGGGGCGACGAGUACUCGUGGCGCGCCAUGCAGCAGAUGACCCAGCGUCUCAUUAAGCGCCUGUCUGCUCUCGGUCAGUACGAAGAGGCUGUGGCGGCGCUUAACGCGGCGGCAGAGGAGCGCCCGACCUCGCUUAAAAACAAGCAGGCGGCCGCGCAGAGAAGUGACAUACUGAGCGUGUGCGAUGACGCCUUCAUUCUCGCCCAGCAGCUAACCCACAUUGAACUGGACAGACUGAGCUUUAUCGGUCCAGAAGAGUUCAUCCAGACAUUCGCCUUGAAGGAUCCCAUGGAGAACCACAAGGGUUUCUUCCGGAAGCGUAAAACCAGCAACCUUGAAGCUUACGUCAGCUGGUUCAACCGGCUCAGCUUCCUGGUCGCCACUGAGAUCUGCAUGCCAGCAAAGAAGAAGCAGAGAGCACGGAUCAUCGAGUUCUUCAUCGACGUAGCUCAGGAGUGCUUCAACAUCGGCAACUUCAACUCGCUCAUGGCCAUCAUUACUGGGAUGAACAUGAAUCCUGUGUCCAGACUGAAGAAAACCUGGAGCAAAGUCAACACUGACAAGUUUGAAAUCCUGGAGCACCAAAUGGACCCAUCCAGUAACUUCAGUAACUACCGCACAGCACUCCGUGGCGCCACCCAGAGGUCUGAGACUGCACACAGCAGCCAGGAGAAGAUCGUAAUUCCCUUCUUCAGUCUUCUCAUCAAGGACAUCUACUUCCUGAAUGAAGGCUGUGCCAGCAGGCUGCCAAACGGACACAUUAACUUUGAAAAACUGUGGGAACUUGCAAAACAGGUGAGCGAGUUCCUGGUUUGGCGUCAGGUCGUUUGUCCGUUUGACCGAGACCGCCGCGUCCUUCAGUAUCUCGUCACCACCCCCAUCCUCACGGAAGACGAGCUGCAUCUGGCUUCGUUUGAGAGCGAAGGACCUGAGAACCACAUGGAGAAGGACAGUCGGAGGUCUCUGAGAUCUUCCCUUCUCCAUCGAGAAAAUCGCUCCUAAGCAAGACAAUCGCUUUUGUUUUUUGACUUGAUGUAUAUACAAGUAGCUUCAAUGUACCAAGUGGACAUGGUUUCUGCUCUUCAGCAUUUCCAGGACAGAUGGGAUGUCCCCACACACUAACAGUAUUAGAAAACUGGGGGUGUUGAAGAAGAAAAGAGAUGCAGAUGCUCAACAUCCUGUUAAAUCAAGAGGAUUCAUUCCUUCAGUCAUCGUUUGACCACAGCAGGACUUCAGGAUCUAACUGAACACCUAAUGCUACGUUCACAGAGAGCAUGUGACACACAUUCAAGAAAAGCUAAACACGCAUGUUUAGCAUGUGGUGUCCAGCUGGACCGUCGCUACCCGAUACUAGCGCAUGUCCGCCACCUUCAGUUGGAAAAGACUUGGUGCAAAAUGUCAAACCGGUGCACAUCUGGUGAAUCUUGCUCCAGGCUUUUUCUUUCCCAGCUCUAUUCCGAUAUACAAAAGACUUGGUGUGGUAUGAUUCCAGCCGAAAACAAACCGCCAUCAUGAAUUUCUCCUCCAUGAUCCAUUUUCAAACGGUUGGCACUUCCGUGAACAAAAAGGGACGCCAUCUCUACCAAAUCUGAGUCCCUGAUUGGUCAAAAUUCAAAUGAUUUAACUUUCAAAGCACUUUCAACGGGCCGCAAGUUUCGUCUCUAGAGACGGAAAACGUGCGUCAGACUUUUCACUGAAUGUGGUCUCUUGCAGAUGGCGGUGUGAACGUAGCUUUAUGGGCAUGGCGUCGCUCCACAAACACAGCUGGAAGCAGCAGCUGUUCUGGAUAGAUGGAUUUUAGUAAUAGCAGCUGUAAAGUGUGAUUAGACUGAUGUUGCCAGACGCUUGUGUUACUGCAGACGACAGCAAACGCGUGUCUGUGGGAGCUUGUGCGUUUUGGGGAAUUUUCCUGUGUUGGUAUAAAGAAGCAUUUUGUUUAGUCUCAAACCAUGAGUUUCAUCUCCAGCUUGUUGCUGGCUGGUUCUGUGAUGGUGAGCUUUUCAAAAAGUGUGGUCUAACCUGCGUUUGCAUAAAUAUCAGCAAGACUUCAUGUGACCUGAAACACGCACGUGUCAUCUUUCAGCAUCCAGCUUUGUGUGGAAAUGAUCUGAUAUUUCUCUGUUUGUCAUUUUACUGUUUUUAAUAUUUGUGCAUUUUGUGGUACCAUUCAGGGUACUUGUACUGUUUAUGUGAAAAGAGGAACAUAUAUAUUUUUUCUUUCAAAUAAAUACAAAAACGUAAA